AUGUCGACGGUCGUGGCUGCACCCAGCCCUGCUCCCAUGUCUGUACACGAUCGACAUCCAAGUCCGCGCUCCUAUGCUCCCUUGGCACCUGCCAUGAGCUCAACACCAGUAGAAAGAUAUGGAAGUGGUGCAAUAGAAAUACCUGCGACCGACAGAACCCCACCGGGAGGAAAGAGAUCCCCAUUGUUACAACGCAUAACCAGCAAUCCUAAGAUUGUCGUUAAAAAGGAGCCACCAUCCUCACCCUCUCUGAACCCGAAUGCGCGACAUCGACCACGCAAACUUGAUUUGAACACUACUACAAACAUACCUGGUCCCUUGAGCUCAAGACCUUCCGCAGGCGCCUCGAUGCAUGAUGUUGGCCUAGCAUGUUUGUCGCCUGGCUUUCAGACACAAGAUCCUAGCAUGCGAGAGCAGUUGCAAAGGAGCAUUUCGGUUAGAGAUCAACAGCGGUCUAUUAUCGAGUCGAGAUUACUCAAAUCUGCAAAGGGAGAUCAUACCCCAGAAUCUGCAAGAGCUAUCGAGAAUCCGAAUCCUUUCUCACGAGCUCCAUCCGUAGGCAAAAAGCGUCCGCCACCAUCUGGCCUUUCUAUUGUGCCUCCUCGAGCCGAACAAUUUGCCAAUGAAAGAGUAAUUCAGUCUGCUCCUCUCGGUCAGACAUUUACAGGUCGUGACGCUCCACCACCUUCCAUGCGAGAUCCACAAGCACAAAUUCAUGGCCAUCACGUUCAGCACGUCCCAGCGAUACAGACAAACAACCGACUCCCACCAAUCUUUGAUGUCUUCAGUCAGGAUACGCUGCAACCACAAAGACCGCCGAUCUAUCAUGCAAAUUCUACACCAGUUCACCUACACGGCCCACCUCUACCAUCUCCUGGCUUCCCUCCUCAAACGGCUCAUCCCAUGUCUCAGCCACCACCUCCAAAUUUCGACCGACCACGCGAGUACAGGUCUGCCGAGGAAGCAGUUGCUGAGUUGACUGGCGGACGAGAAGAUCUACAGCCUAAGAUCGUGCAUUAUGGUGCUCGACAGCCACCAACUCCGCCAUCACCCCAUCCACAACGUAAUGACCAUCUUACACCAUACAAGUAUCAGCCACCUCACCUAGAAUCUGGUGCUGGCCGAAGGCGCACUCGCAACGAGUACGAGGCCGACAGUAGCCCACCCCUCGGAAACGGUCCAGACCGUGCACCACGUAUCGGGCCUUUUGGUUUGGGACGUGAUAGUCCUGCAACACAAUCUGCGAAAAAGGAAGAGUUCAUGCACUACAUCUCUAAAGCUUGGGAUCUCUGGCACGCUUGA